AAACUUCUCCUCUAAAAUCCCCUAUUGUCUCUCCUUGAACCCCAAUAAAACUUCAUUAUUCUCUCUCUCUUUCAAGAAGUCCAUUUUUCUGCAUGCUUAUCAAGAUGACGAUGAGCAAUAACCACAAUGUGAGUGGGUAUCACAACAACAACAGCAACAACAUCGGCGAUCGAGAUACGACGUUGACAAAGGUGUUUGUGGGAGGGCUGGCGUGGGAAACUCCAAAGGAAGCCAUGAAAGAGCACUUUGACAAAUAUGGUGAGAUCUUGGAAGCUGUCAUCAUCUCCGACAAGCUCACCGGCAGAUCCAAGGGCUAUGGCUUUGUGACAUUUAAGGAGGCAGAAUCAGCGAAAAAGGCAUGUGAGGAUGCAACCCCAAUCAUCAAUGGCCGCCGAGCCAACUGUAAUCUGGCAUCCCUCGGCGCACGUCGUUCCAGGCCCCCUCCUUCUAUCACUCCUCCUCCUCCUCCUCAACAAGGACCCAACGUGGUAGGACCAAGGGCCAAUCCAGUAUCACCUGCAGGUCACGUGCAAUGGUACUAUCCUGCUGCUUCGGCACCCCAAGCUGCUGCAGCUCCAGCUUCACCAUAUCACCAUCAUCAACCUCUUCCUUUCUAUGGUUAUUCUCCAGCUUAUAUUGCCACAGACAUGAAUUACAAUCAUAAGCUAAGCUACACAGGUGGGGCCUACAUGAAUGGGCAUUUCUCUCAAGUGUAUCCAUUGAUGGGUGGCAACACAUUGAUGCCAAUGUACCCAUAUUAUCACUUUCACCAUCAUCAGUCACAGACAAUGGGCCUUCCGGCCCAUAUGUACUCUCCAACAGCUGCUGUUCCGGCCCUUAUCUCAAAGCCCACUUCUCUUCCUCCUACUGCAGUUUGCUUGGCUGUGGAAUAGGUACAAUUGGAGCAGGUGGAGUUCUGAUCAAAAGGGUGAUGUCAAAGAGCAAUUAGAUUGGAGAAAGGUGGUGGCUGGAUCAAAUAACAAAGAGGAUUAUUAUAGGCUGCUCAGAACAAUACUAUUAUUAGAGAUCUGCAGUAGCUCUUCUAAUUUCCAAUUUCAUUUAUUUUUUUACUUUUCUUCUUUGUAAUUUUUUCUAAGCAAGAAAAAAGAAGUUAUUAUUGUCAAUCAGGCAGCUAAUUAGAUGUAUUCAUUUCAUGUCUAUCCCAAUGGCUAACCUAUUGAGCUCAGCUUGAGCUUCUAAGCAUAAAUAUUCAACUAUUGUAUAACCUAAAGUCAUAAGUUUCUUUCAUGGCGCAAUUAAUCUCUA